UGUGUUCUGAGCUCGUUUGAUGUCUGCGUAGGCAGGCUCAGCAAACUAGGUUUCCCGUUUAUGAUUUCCGUUUCGUUUCGAUUUUACCUGAAACAUCCAGUCUUCGCCGUUCAUUCUGGAACACAUUUUAAAGUGUAGCAUACAGUGCAAGUGUGGAAGUAAACAAUAGACACAAUACAAUGCAGGUUAUUCAGCAUCCUGUUGAGAGACUGCAUACUGCUCUCCUGUCCACACGGAAAGAUUUAAUAAAAACAUUUCAAAAAUUCAGCAGAGCUGAGAAGAAACUUCUAGAAGAUGGACUUCUGCCUGACAAUUCACUUUUCAGCCCCAUCACCAUUCACUCAGACUCAGACUGGAUUCCUGCACAUCCAGAAGAUCCUCAAGACUUUCAGAGUUUUUACAUCAACCCAUACCGCCGUUCUCCAAACCGUGGACAUAACACCAUCUAUAUUCAAACUAUUGGCUCUUUUGGGGAAGGAGCAGUUGUGGCAGAGCAGUAUGUUGAAUGGCUGAAGGACUACUGUCAGGCCUUCUUUUACGGACUAGUGGUCAAGCUUUUACCACCAGUAACAGUUGCUUCAACAGCCUGUUCAUUUCGGGUCAACAACAACACACAUAACCUUCAGCUUCAUGCUGGAGAGCUGUUGAACUUCUUGAAACAGAGAAAGCCCAGUGAUGCUUUUUGCAUUGUGGGGAUCACCAUGAUCGACUUGUACCCCAAAGAGUCAUGGAAUUUUGUUUUUGGCCAGGCUUCUCUAACUAAAGGAAUGGGAGUCUUCAGCUUUGCCCGAUACGAUGAUCAUUUUUAUGAGAGAAGCUAUACAGGACGACUGAAGAAGAAAAUAGAGCUGAAGCAAGGAGAUUAUUCUGUGUUUGAGAAUUACUACACUCCUCCAAUCACCAGCGUUCUCCUCCUCCGGUCCUGCAAGACCCUGACUCAUGAGAUUGGACAUAUAUUCGGGAUGGAGCACUGCCAGUGGCUAAACUGUGUCAUGCAGGGCUCCAAUCACUUACAGGAGUCUGACCGUCGGACACUUGUCCUCUGCCCCAUCUGUUUGCGUAAACUACAGUCUGCCAUUGGAUUCAAAAUAGCUGACAGAUACAAGGCCUUACUGCACUGGAUUGAAGAUGGAGCUGACAGCAAUGGACAACAUUCAAAACCCACACAAGCCUUCCAAGAGUAUAAAGACUGGUUCUAUAAGUGCUUACGAAUAUUGGAAAGUGAAACAUCAUGAACCAGCAAGUAUUAUAUUUUGCUACCUGCCGACAAGCAAUGUCAAGGCAAGUUGAAACAUGCUAUAUGCACAUUCUUGAAAAGAGCUUUGCAAGAAAGCUUCUGCUGAGAAAAUACUGGUAAAUGUAUAUGCAAAAUAGGGCUUUUGAUUUGUAUGUAUGGAUCAAACUAAAUAAAAUUUUAUUUAUCUCUUUC